CAUAUCUCUGGUCUACAGGAAGCUGUCGUAAAAAACAUCGAAGCUUGCAAAGAGCUCUCCAACAUCACCCGCACCUCUCUCGGCCCCAAUGGAAUGAACAAGAUGGUUAUUAACCAUUUAGACAAGCUCUUUGUCACAAACGACGCUGGGACUAUUGUGAACGAGCUGGAGAUACAGCACCCGGCUGCGAAGAUCCUUGUCUUAGCAGCCAAGGCACAGCAAGAAGAGAUGGGAGACGGAGCUAAUCUGACAAUCUCUUUUGCUGGUGAGCUUUUGCAUAAUGCUGGAUUGCUUAUCAAGGAGCAACUGCCUCUGAGUAAUAUCAUUACUGGAUACAACAAAGCAAUCACUAAGGCUGUUGAGAUUCUUGAACAACUGGUUGAGACUGGUUCUGAGACCAUGGAUGUGCGUAACAAAGAUGAAGUCGUGUCUAGGAUGAGAGCUGCUGUUGCGAGCAAGCAGUUUGGUCAAGAAGAGAUUAUAUGCUCUCUCGUUGCUGAUGCUUGCAUUCAAGUCUGCCCAAAAAAUCCAACAAACUUCAAUGUGGACAACGUCCGUGUUGCCAAGCUGUUGGGAGGAGGGUUGCACAACUCUUGCAUAGUCCGUGGAAUGGUCUUGAAAAGCGACGCUGUGGGUAGCAUCAAGCGAGUGGAGAAGGCAAAGGUUGCGGUGUUUGCUGGGGGAGUUGAUACAACUGCAACAGAGACCAAAGGAACUGUGUUGAUCCAUAGUGCUGAGCAACUAGAGAAGUACGCAAAAACAGAGGAAGCUAAAGUUGAGGAGCUGAUUAAAGCUGUAGCUGACUCAGGAGCCAAAGUGAUUGUUAGUGGAGGAUCAGUUGGAGAAAUAGCAUUGCAUUUCUGUGAGCGCUACAAGAUAAUGGUUUUGAAAAUCAGCUCAAAGUUUGAACUGAGGCGUUUCUGCCGCACAGCUGGGGCGGUUGCUCAUUUGAAACUAAGCAGGCCAAGUCCUGAUGAUUUGGGAUACGUUGAUUCCAUAGCAGUGGAGGAAAUUGGUAGUGUGACAGUCACCAUUGCAAGAAAUGAGCAAGGUGGUAACUCGAUAUCCACAGUGGUUCUGCGUGGAAGCACAGAUAGCAUUUUGGAUGACCUUGAAAGAGCUGUUGACGAUGGUGUUAAUACAUACAAGGCCAUGUGCAGGGAUAGCCGUAUCGUUCCUGGAGCUGCAGCUACCGAAAUAGAACUGGCUCAGAGGUUGAAGGAAUACGCCAAUGCAGAAACAGGGUUGGACAAAUUAGCGAUUUACAAAUACGCAGAGAGCUUCGAGCUUGUACCCAAAACCCUUGCUGACAACGCUGGGCUCAGUGAGAUGGAAAUCAUAGCAUCUCUGUACACUGGACACGGAUCUGGAAACACAAAGCUAGGCAUUGACUUGGAGGAAGGUGCUUGUAAAGAUGUCUCAGAGACAAAAGUGUGGGAUCUUUUUGCCACCAAGUUAUUUGCUCUUAAGUACGCUACUGAUGCUGCAUGCACGGUGCUUCGCGUUGACCAGAUUAUAAUGGCGAAACAAGCAGGUGGACCAAGGAGAGACGCUGCAGCAGCCGCAGGUGCAGGCGCAGAGGAAGACUAAUCUGUACAGAACAAAAGAAUAUAUCUCAUAGUGAAACUGUUUCUUCUGUAACCUUUAAUCGUUUUGAUUCUUGAAUUUCUUUUGGUAUAUUGUCAUAGUAAAGAUUUGUGAUCUUUGUGUACACUCACUACCAACUCAAGGUUUUGUCAUAUUUGGUCUUCUAUUCUUUUUAUUAGUUGGUGUUAAGACUUUGAUCCUUUUGUCCA